CCUGCGGUAUGUUUGUGUCCUGUCGCCAUUUUGAGCAAUGUAUUUUUGUCGAAAAGCCGUGUUUUUGUAAUUUUUUUUCGUGUAAAUAAGACAUUUUGAAAAGGAAAAAUGGAUGCCGUAAAAGCUUUCAAUUCGGAGCUGUCAUCAUUAUAUGAUGUCAAGCCACCCAUUUCCAAAGCUAAAAUGACAUCUAUUACAAAGAGUGCUAUCAAAGGCAUAAAGUUUUACAAGCAUAUUGUUCAGAGUGUUGAAAAAUUUAUUCAAAAGUGUCGGCCAGAAUAUAAAGUUCCUGGCCUGUAUGUUGUGGAUUCCAUUGUUCGGCAGUCUAGGCAUCAAUUUGGAGCAGAUAAAGAUGUAUUUGGGCCAAGAUUUGUCAAAAAUAUUACUACUACUUUCCAGAAUCUUUUUAAAUGUGCAGAAGAAGAUCGACCAAAAAUAAUUCGUGUGCUUAAUUUGUGGCAAAAGAACAAUGUUUUCCCAAUUGAUGUAAUUCAACCUCUGUUAGAUAUGGGGCAUCCAAAUACUUCUAAUGAAACUACAUCUGCCAAUGAAGAAAGCAGAAUAUCACGCCAUAAAGUGGAAGAAUCCAAUUCUUGGAAAGGGUGGCCACAAGGUAAUGAUGAGCCUCCACCUGAUAACAGAACUUAUGCAGAGAUGUCUACAAAGAACUUGGAAAAAUUCACUAAAUCUGAAAUGGUAAAUGCUAUGGAAGAUGAAUCUCGUUCAUCUUUGUUCCGGGCACAAUUAAAGCAAGAAAAUUUACAAGAUGAUACUACUGUAAAAUUCAAUAAGAAACUCUUGGAUUUUGAUUAUGGUGACGAGGAAGAUGAAGAAGAAUCUAAAAAUGAUGAAAAUAAUCUUUCUAACCAGCCUAAUGCAUUGGCAUUAAGCAUGGCUCAGAAUUUGCUGUGCAAUCCAGAACUUUUGAGAAAACUUCAGCAAAUGCAGCAAACCAUUCAACAAAAUGCUCUAAAUUCAGAACUUAGUCUUCAAGGGCAACAACCUGUUAAAGAUGAGCCUGAGGAAGCCCCUUACUCAUCAGAUUUGCCAAGUAGCCCAACUCAGCAAUCUCAAUUACCUACAUCUACUUAUCGACAGCAAGCUCUACAACCCAUGGAACUUAAACAAAAAGAGGCUGAUAAAGAUGACCGAGUUUUACCACAACCUCCCCUUCCUCCUAAGGAUUUAGAUGAAAGAUCUCUUGCCGCGAUCAUGACUCCUCGAUUAAUACCGCCUACCAGUCUUGCCUCUUAUCAGCAGCCAGGCAUGGCUCAGACCGAUAAGGAUGACAGGAUAAUUCCUGAUCUCGCAGUGCCACCACGAGAUUUAGAUGAAAGAUCUCUGGCUGCUAUUUUAGCACCACUCGAUAGAGGAAUGUUACCACCCAUGUCAUAUAAUGAAGCAUCCAACAUGAUGCAAUAUCCAGCUGGCAUGCCUUAUCAACCCCAGCAACCUCCUAUGCCAAUGAUGGAAUCUGUGACCAUGGAUACUGGCUAUGGUUCUGUCCUUUCCUCUGAACAACAACAGCACAUGAUGCAACGUACUGAUGAAGAUGAGAGACUCAUGUAUAGUAUGCCAGGAGAACCUCCUCUACCUCCUCAAGAUUUUGAUGAAAGAACUGCUAUGGUAACAAUGGAGGAAAGAUCGAGGAAGGAACGAUCACGUUCUCGUUCAGGAUCAAGAUCACGGAGAAGUGGAAGGCAUAGAAGCCGUUCAAAAUCUCCUAGGAAGAAGCGAUCAAGGUCUCGUUCACCUCGUUCAAAAAAUCGAUCACGCUCCAAGGAACAUGAAAGAAUACGAGAAAAGGAACGUGAGCGUGAGAGAGAACGUGAAAGAAAAAGGAAAGGCAUCCCACCAAUUAAAAAAGGAUAUGUUAGUGUUUGUAGUACAACCUUAUGGAUUGGACAUGUACCUAAAUCUUGCACAGAAAUGGAAAUCAGCAGUGCUUUUGGUCAAUAUGGCACCAUAUUGAGUAUUGAUAUGAUUCCUCCUAGAGGAUGUGCAUAUGUUGUAAUGGACAGACGACAAGAUGCUUAUAAAGCUUUACAAAAAUUAAGAAAUACUAAAUUUCUUCAAAGCAGCAGUGUUAAGAUGGCUUGGGCACCCGGUAAAGGUGUGAAGGGAAAAGAAUAUAAAGAUUAUUGGGAAGUGGAAGCAGGUGUUAGCUAUGUUCCUAUUGAGAAGAUAGCUGCUGAUCAGGAGGCUUUAGAUCUUCUAGAAGAAGGUGGUUUUAUUGAUGAAGAAUCCCUUCCUGAACAUCUGAAAGCUUUAAGGCAGGGUGAUGAUAAGUCCUCUUAUGGAAUGCAAAAAUCUACACCUCCAGAGACCACAACAUACAAUGCAAUACAAGCUCCUCCCAUGGUCCCUCCUCCUAUCAUUCCAUCAACAUCUGUGAAUUUACCUAUGUUGCUACCUCAUCCUAUGCAACCACAGUUUGGACUCCACUUGCCAGGUCUGCUGCCUCCUCAAGCUAUGGUAAUGCAAGUCCCUAUGGGCAUUCCGCCACCAAAUCCUAUGUUGAUGGUUCAGCAACAAUCACAAAAUAUGUUAGGUAAUCAAACCUUACCAAUAGUUGGAGGUGUUCCACCAAUAGUUCCACGCACACUUCCAGCUAUCCCGAGUACUUUAUCAAAUAUGACGAAUACAACCGUGGAUUCAGCCAAUGCUUCAUCGAGUGGAGAUGCAACACCUACAGAAGAAGAUGGAACUAAUGUGUCAUCACCUAAUGUAAUUCAAAAUUCUGUUCCUAGUUCAGUGUCUUCUACUUCAACCAUUUCAACUCAAGCUGGAAUUCCAGCUACUCAGUACAAUCCUAUGAUGAAUCUUCCAAACUCUAACAGACUUUCUGUUCCACCACCAGUAUCAACUACUGGAACUCCAAUACCAUACCCACCUCCUCAAAAUGUUGGUUUUAAUUUUCCACCUCCCGGAAUGCGGCCACCAGGUAUGGCACACAAUUCCCAGUUUCCUUGGAUGCAGAAACCACCUGGUUCUCCUUUUACUGAGUCAGAUUCCAAUCAGUCAAGGAAUGUACCUGGUGUGCCACCUCACAUGUUCAACAACAGGCCCCCUUUCCAUGAAGUACCUUCAUCUCUCCCUCAGAAUUCACCGAUGAAAGAUGGUCAUAGUAAUAGAGAUAUGGAAAGAAGGCCAGGUGAUAUGGAUCCUGGUAAUAGGUCCCCUAUGCAUUCUGAUAAAAUGUCCCAAGAGAUGGUUAUAAGUACAGACGAUGAAUCUUCCAUGGAUCGAGAUUAUUCUCAUGGGGAGAUGAAGGGAGGACCUAGAUUUCAAGGUGUAACAGAAUUUCCCAGAAUGCCUGUGAAUAUGCAUCGUAUGAGAAACCCAAUGGUUCCAAUGCAAGGUGGCCGAUUUCCACCUGGUAUGCCUCCAUUUCCACCUCGUAUACCAGGUCCUAGGGGACCUGGAAUGCAUCCUGGGCACAGAAUGGAAAUGGACUUUCCUGGACCUCGUGGACCAAGAAUGCCUGGUCUUAUCCAUGGACCACGUAGAAUGGAUGGCCCACAUCAUCCAAAUGAUGGAAGAGACUGGUACCCGCGUGAUUUUGAUGGACCUCCAUUUGAAAGGGACAGACAUUUUUUCAAUGACAGAAAUAGGGACUCUUGGACAACUCCUGAACAAAUAGAAAGAGAUUCAAGACAUAUGCCUCGAAAUCAUGAGCGACAUGAUGAAAGAAUGCGUGAUAUGGAAAAUCGUGAUGGGCCUAAUUCUUAUGGUCCUCCUGAUCAGGUUGAAGAUAUUUUUGAAUCUAGAGGGCGACCAAGACCUGGUAGAAAAUCUAAACCUGAUGACAUGAUGGAAGAUAUGUUCAAGGUACAAUUUUAUCAACGAGACAAAAAUCCAGCAUAUCAGAGCCAUCUUAACAAACAGUUGGAUCGUAGAAGAAAAGAUGAUAUGACCAAUAGAUCUUCAUAUAAAAAUGAUGAUGUAAAUAAAAGUACAGACCUGUCAAAUAUUGAUGUAAAUAAUAGAACAGUUGGUGAUAAAAUGGCACGCAGUGAUAAUUCAGUUGAUCAGGAUUCUUCAGGACCUAGAAAAGACAGAGAAUCACGAAAAAGGUCCCGUUGGGGUCGCACCCUUUCAGAAGAAAGAGAAUUUCAACAGCAAAAACGAAAUGAAAUUGAAAUGAAGUUCCAGAGUUAUGAACAGUCUGCUCAGGCAGCUCAAUUACUUCAACCGAAUUCCCAAGAAUCUUCUGAAAAUACGGUUGAAAUAGCUGAUUGCAGCACAACAGAUCCCACAAAUACUCAGCAAAACGUUGAUGAUGUUUCAGUUUCUGUGUCAAGUUCUCAGAGUUUAAAUUCUGAGAAACAUGAAUCGGAAGAUUCUGCUUCUGAACUGCAAACAAAUGAUUCAGCUUUAAAUUCUGAUUUAAGAAAUCCAUCUCUUGAGUCUGAUACUGUACAUUCUAUUAAUACUCCAGAAGAUACUGCUGAAAGUUUUGCUCCUAACUCAGUCUUUGACGCAACUGAUUCUCAACCAAGUUCAGAUUCAUUUGUGAUUAAUUCUUCCAAACCAUUCUUAGCAAAUACUGAUUCAGAAUCAUCUGGUACUAAUCAUGUUUCUGAAUCGUUUAAUGGCAGUAUGGUGACUGAUUGUAAAUCUGCUUCAUUGGAUACUGAUUCUAGUAUCUCUAACUCGGUUUCAGAGCAAACAGAUUUGUACAGGCUUCCUGUGUCUCUUACAAAAGAAACUGAUCGAUCAUCCAUUGCGGAACUGGUGUCAAAUCCCAGUUUUGCGAAUAGUGAGGAAAAUUUUGCUCUAAAGAAUGAGCCUACUAAUCAUAUUGGUCUGAACUCUGAAGCUUCUUUAAAUGAUACUAUUAUAAGUGAAGAUAUUUCAGAAAAUUCUAGUACAAAUAAAUCGCCUCUUUUGUCAACAGAUAGUUAACAUUAUAUUUCUAUGCAAUUCGGACAACUUGUGCUACAAAUUGUAUACUGUUUCGGAUUGACUAAUUAAUUGCUUCUGUGUGCAUUUUUUUUAAAAUUCAUCUGCCGAUAAGGAGGAACUUGUUUGGUUGACCAUUUGUUAAAUAUGACUCAGAUUUGUACAAAAUGUGUUCUAGAUAUAAAUUAUCUAUUAUAUAUUUUCACCUGAUUUUAUUUUACGUCAAAUAAAUUAAGAUUAUUGUUAAGUUUUAAUGAUGCCAUUUUAUUUUUUCCUCGAAGAAAAAAAACAACAAGACAUACUCCUAUUCUCUUUUCUGUUGUAAAAAAUAGAAAGAAAAAAAAUUAGUUUUUUUUUUAAGUUUAUUUUUAUUAGUUCUUUCUUUUUAUAAUGCAUACAGAGCAAGAAUUUAGAAAACAUCGUUUAAAGAAUGGUAAGUGAAAUAGCAACCAUUGGAAAUAGCAACGAAUUUUGAAGAGGCAUGGACUAACCCUUUGGAUUUCUUCCUGUAAACUUGCAUUCAAAUUGGUGCAAGUUGUCAGGUAUUUGUUUUCUAUUUUUCUCUUGUAUAUGGAUGACUAAUGCCACAGUCUUUUCCAACAAGAGUUGCUUAACUUUCAUUGUGAUUGGAUAUCUGAAAUAAUGGGACAGAAACUGCUUCAUGUGAAAGAAUUCAUUCUACUUUUCAAGCUAUUGCACAUAAAUUAAUUUACCCAUAUUUUUUACGACAGAUCACGAUAGAGAAAUUUAGUUACAAGUUGUGAAGAAUCUAAAAUAUUCAUUGCUGCAAUUAUUGCAGUUACUUGCCAAGAUUUCAUCCCAAACUGGUACUCUUUUUCAGAAAUUUACUGGACCUUUGAAUAUUGUCUUUGAAUCUUUAAAAAAACUUCUUGUGGUGAAUAAAAUACUUGUUUAUGAAAAUAAUGCUUUACCUAAAUUGUAACUUUAUUUUUAUUUUUUCCCUGAUGCAAGAUUUGAUUAAUGUAUUGUAAUUGAAUUUUUUAUACAAUUAGCCUGUUAGAUGUACUUUAAAUAAUAUACAUAUAUAGCUUCAUUAUAUUAAAAAUGUAUUUACUUCAUUUUUGUCUGAUAACAUAUUUUUAGGCCUUUUUUUUUUCCCUGAUUCCUCCCUUAUAAUAAAUAUGAAGGGACAUAUUUCCUUCUUAAUUUUUUUUUUUCCUGUGUGUAAUUUUUACCACCCACCCCCUUCUUAGAUUGAUUUAAGCUUUCACUUCCCAUUUUGGAUUCUGUUGAAGGAGCUUAAUUUUGCUAGUUAUGAUUAAUAAUUGAUUAUUUGUAUGUAUAAUAAAUGCAUAUUUAUUUUAACACAUUAGCCUUUUAUGUUCUAUGAAAUAAGUUUGUUUUUAUAUAUAGCUUUAGCUAUUUCUUGUCGCACUUCAGCUUUUCCAUAAAUUUUGGAUUGGAUGUCUAAAUUAUUGUCUUUGUAAAUUAUUUAUUAGGUUUUUCUUUAAAGAAAAUCAUCUGAAGUAGAUGUUUGUAAUUUGUUAUGCAACCUUAAUAUUUUAUAUAUGUUAUACAUAUUAUAUAGUGUAUAGACAGACUUAUGUUAGAAGUAAAACAUAGAAAAUGAAUUAAAUUAUUGCUGAAAUGUAAAGAAAUGACUGAAAAUACGUAUUAGCUCUUUUUGAAUUUAACUUUCUUUAGACUAUGAAAUAUUUUUGUAAUUAAGUUAUUGAGCAAUCUGUAGAGUAUUUAUUAUUUUAGUCUAAAAGAUUGUGGCAUUAGAAAGUUUCAUGUUAAUGGAAGGGAUGUAGCUCCGAAAGAUCUUGCAGUUAACAUAUUAUUCGAGCAAUAAAAUGAAAAAAUAUGUAAUUAAAAAAGAUGCCUGUGUUUUUAUGUAAGUAUACUUUUCAUCCCAAACUUAUUGCAACAUUUAAAUAGUGAUAAGAGAUAGAAGUGAUUCACCUCCGAGUUAUAUCUUUCGGAACUGCAGUCUUCUUAUUUUUUUGUCUCUGCUAUUUUGUAUAAUUUGUUCAAAUUAUUUACUUGUCAGUUUUAUUGAUAAAGCUAAUGUAACUUCUAUGUGAUUAAACUGUAGUUUGAUUUGUCAAUUUCAUUCAUGUCAAAAAUCAAGGAUCUUAUUUACAAAGUUCUGAAAGGAACUGUUUCUUUUAAGGCAUCCCUCUUUUGUAUUAGGGCCAAAAAAAAAGAA